UUAACAUACAGAGGAACACUUUUUUUAUUCUUCUGCAAGCCUGAAAACAGUAACAUGAUGCCUUCCAGAAACAUGUCCGCUUAUGAGGCCCUGGGACCCUAUGACGGCCCCCAAUGGCCUCAUCUAGCCCCUCGCAGUACUUUCAUGACCGUGGCUGCAGUUAUGUGCAUGGUAGUGGUCUUAGCUUUCUUUGUUAAUGGGAUGGUGAUAGUGGUAACUCUUAAGUACAAGAAGCUAAGAUCCCCUUUGAACUAUAUUCUGGUGAACUUGUCAAUAGCAAACUUGCUGGUCACAAUUUUUGGGAGCUCUGUAAGUUUUUCCAACAAUGUAAAGGGCUAUUUCUUUAUGGGCAAGGCAAUGUGUGAGUUUGAAGGCUUCAUGGUGUCCUUAACAGGUAUUGUAGGGCUCUGGUCUUUGGCCAUUUUAGCAUUUGAAAGGUAUCUGGUGAUCUGCAAACCAAUGGGAGAUUUUCGUUUCCAGCAGAAGCAUGCAAUCAUAGGAUGUUCUUUUACAUGGGUGUGGUCAUUCAUUUGGACUGUCCCACCUCUUUUUGGAUGGUGCAGCUAUGUUCCUGAAGGUUUGAAGACAUCUUGUGGGCCCAACUGGUACACAGGAGGUACCAAUAACAACAGUUAUAUCAUGGCACUGUUUCUUACUUGCUUUAUUAUGCCCCUGAGUACAAUCAUUUUCUCAUAUUCCAACCUCUUAAUGGCACUGAGAGCUGUUGCUGCACAGCAAAAAGAUUCAGAGACUACCCAGAGGGCCGAGAAAGAGGUGACAAGAAUGGUGAUUGCCAUGGUGCUGGCUUUUCUUAUCUGCUGGUUACCUUAUGCCACAUUCGCUGUUGUUGUAGCAGUCAAUAAGGACAUUGUCAUUGAGCCAACAGUAGCAUCACUGCCAUCAUACUUCUCAAAAACUGCCACUGUUUACAAUCCUAUUAUCUAUGUGUUCAUGAACAAGCAGUUCAGGAACUGCUUGAUGACUCUUCUAUGCUGUGGACGCAGUCCAUUUGGAGAUGAAGAAACCAGUACUUCAAGUGCCCGCACAGAUGUUACUUCUGUUUCAGAAGCGGGUGGAAAUAAGGUCACACCAGCAUAAUCCUUGUUCAAUAAACCCAAAUCCACUUCUCUUUGAAAAUGAUAACGUUUUUUUUAUAUAUAUAUAUAUAUAUAUAUAUAUAUAUAUAUAUAUAUAUAUAUAUAUAUAUAUAUAUAUGUGCAAUAUAUAUGAGCAAUUUUAGUUUUAAUGUGAAAUGCAAGACAUAAUUAUAUUUAUUUGAAUCAAAUACAUGAGUUUGUGUAUUAUCAAUGUCUUGUACUUUACUGUUUUUAUAAGAUAAAAUAAAUGGACUACUCAUAAAGUAGGGGGAAAUGUUUAGCUUUAGCUUUUCAUGCAUCAGCUAGUGCAUUUAUAUGAAUGUUUCUGCAUUUCACCACACGGAAAAGCAAAGUUAAUUGAAGGGGUUGUACUUAGGGAAGGAGACAAAUGCUGAAAACAAAAAAAAAUUGGCCAUGAGCUAUAUAUAUAUAGGAUAAGCUGAAAUUGAUUGGCUCAUGGAAAUGCAUACAAAUCCAACAGCAUUUGGCUUUGAAUUGAUCAGUUCAUUGCAACACAAGGUGGCUAUAUACAGGUGACUAUAUAUUUCGGGUGACUUCUUCAUUACUACCAAACAGAUGUGCGGUGAGACAUUUCCGAGAUCACUCAAAAAGUCCACUUGAUUUAAAUGGAAUUCAGCUAUUGUUUAGUUGGCAGUUUACCUCAGGAGAGCUAUGUGUGCCUUCAGGUUUUAUAAAGGUUGAACUUCAUGGACUAAUGUCUUGUGGGCCUAACAAAGAUUAUUGAGCUUCAGCAAAGAAUACAUAUCAGGAACACAAAAAGCUGUGGAAAAUAUACUUACACAUUAUAUGCUGUAUAACUGCACAGCACAGGAUCUACACCAAAAAAUAUUAAUAAUGUAUGAAUGCAGAUUUUUUUUUAAAUAAUUAAUACUGGUGUACACAGCACUGUACAUUAGAACAAUGCAUUCGUAGAAUGGACAGGAUUCAAUAUACUAAUACAGUAAAAAUAAAUAAAUACUUUUAUGUUCAGGAAUUGCUACAUUUUAAAAAGACAAGAGAAAGGAUGUGCCUACCCAGUAGAGCUUACAAUCUAAGUGGGUAGGUAACUU